UCUUGUCAGCGGCUGCAAGAGCCUGAUACUUCCUAUGUUGUUUCGACUCGUGUUGUCCCUGCAGGCCUGAUAACUGUCUACACGAUUGCUCGAAAAGACUCAAUGGCAGGUCGCAAAAUCGCUCACCUCCCACAUUUGCUCGCCACCCGAGAGGGAUUCGUAUUGCCGGUGCUGAUCCCGCCAUGACGGAGGACUCCUGGUUAUUUGUCGUUCCCGGAAUACUCCGUGGUGCAGACGCAAUGCAGAAAAGAACCCCUCGCCCCCAUCCCCGUCGCAGACUUCUUCCCAACACCGCACUUUUCAUGACCGCGACGAUCAGGAUGCGUGAAUUAAAAAAAAAUUCUUUAUCGCCGCGUCUCCAAUUCGACCCCAAUUCCACCCUCCUGCUGCCCAAUGACAAUCGGUUGAUACUUCAAACGGCCUUGUGCCUCGCCGAUCGGUCCCGACCGAUGGAGCCUCCGAUGGAGUCAGCUGCGAAAAUCUUCCGUAGCAUGGCCCGAAUCCAGCCAUCCAGCCAAUAUCCAGUCAGUACCCGAAGUAGCAAAUCUCCCGGUAUGAUUGGCCACCUUUGGUUCAACUGCGGUGGAGCGGGGUAUAAUUAGCAGUAUCUUCGUGCACCG